UCCAGGUCCAGCACAGGUUGCUUAUCAGCUUCCUCACUGUGGAGCUGCAGCCUUUGGAGAGAAACAAAGUUCCUGCAGGGUGAAAAGGAGGAUUUGAAGCAUUACCAGCCACAAUGUCAGACAGAAGCCCCUUCAAAACGGACAUGCUCACCCUGACCCACUACGUCAUGGAAAAAGGGCGCCAGGCCAAAGGGACUGGGGAGCUCACGCAGCUGCUGAACUCCAUGCUCACGGCCAUCAAAGCCAUCUCCUCGGCCGUGCGCAAGGCAGGCCUGGCCAACCUGUAUGGAAUAGCGGGGAGCAUGAAUGUGACGGGAGAUGAGGUGAAGAAACUGGAUGUGUUGUCCAAUUCCCUGGUGAUCAACAUGCUGCAGUCCUCCUACAGCACCUGCAUCCUGGUCUCUGAAGAGAAUAAGGAAGCGAUCAUCACCUCCAAGGACAGGAGGGGGAAAUACGUGGUCUGCUUUGACCCACUGGAUGGAUCUUCCAACAUUGACUGCCUGGCCUCCAUCGGGACCAUAUUUGCCAUCUACAGAAAGGUGAGUAGACAGGCUAACACUUCACGCCUCCUUCCUGUGGUGGUUUCUGGAAGAUACCUAGGCUGAGCAUCGUGAGUCUGUCCUCCCACUGACCAGACUCACCACUGGAGGCAAACCACAGCCCCCUCUGCCUCAGGCUGCUCCUUGGAAGGACCAAGGUG